AUGGAUCCGAAAGACGCCAUCAUCCAGCUGAUCGUCCCAAAUUGCGCUGGGGAUACUGAGCGUCUCCAAGUUCACCGCGGUGUUCUUUGCAAGAGCUCAGAGUUCUUCCGAAGAGCUAUGAAGCCAGAGUGGACCGAUCGGAAUGAUGACCCAAAGACCCUCGAUCUUCCCGAGGACUCGGCGACCAUCGUCAGCGACUAUAUUAAAUGGCUUUACCAGGGAGAAAUUCCGAUUCGCCUACACAUAGCAGACGGAGUCACGCGUGAAGAGAGGUGUGAAGAGGCGGAGGAGUUCUUCGUUCAGAUUGCCCGAGCAUAUGUAUUUGGCGAGAGGAUGAUUGAUGUCAAGUACAAGAACGCAUUGUUCAAGGCUUUGUUCACAGCUCAAGACAAGUUCAGCGUGUGUAUGGGAGCAGAGAGCAUCAGAAUUAUCUACGAUGGCACGCCUCCCGGAUCCCCACUACGACGCUUAAUCGCUGCAGACAUUGCGCAUCAUGCGCAUGAUGACUCGCAAAUAGGAGAUGGCUGGAUGCAAGACAUGGAAACAUAUUCAAGAGAAACUCUGUUAGAAGCACUGAGAGCCACGGUGAAGGUGCGGGACAAGAAGGUCAGCACCUGUCCCGGCGUCGAUUCAUACCUUGAGGAGGAGUAG